AUGUCUCGUCCAUGGAUCUUCGUAUGCCCAUCCAGCCGCGGGCUAGGCCACGUCCUCACUAGACAUCUACUGCGGAACACAACCGUUCCCAUCCUGGCGACAGCGCGCAGCGACCCGUCGGGCGUGAGGAACCGCCUGCUGGACGACAUCCAGCACGACAGGGAGGCGGCGGCGCGGCUGCACGUGGUCCAGCUAGACGUGACAGAUGAGCCCAUGGUCGAGGCGGCCUCGCACGAGGCGGCGAGGCUGUUCCCCCGCGACACACACCACCUGCACCUGGGCCUCGCCAUUCCGGGAAUCCUGCACCCUGAGAAAUCACCACGGCAGGUGGACGUAGCCGCCGCGCUGGAGACAUACCGCGUCAACGCUCUCGGCCCUCUGCUGCUGAUGAAGUGGUUCGAGGAGUUUCUCCCGCGCAGGCGCACACAGUUCGAGCUAGGCGGGCAGGGUACUGUCCGCCUUCCCGAGCAUGCCGUCUGGCUGAAUAUGAGUGCUCGCGUAGGCAGCAUCUCGGACAAUAGAAAAGGAGGAUGGUACAGCUACAGAAGCAAGGCCGCCGUCAACAGCCUCACCAAGAGCUUCGACCUGCAGUUGGCCGCAAGGAGUGGUGAUAAGGCUAUGGCUAUGGCUUAUCACCCCGGCACGGUCAGAACGGACCUGAGCCGUGACUUCUGGGAGACAGUGUCCAAGGGGAAGCUGUUUGAGCCCGAGUUCGCCGCGGAGGAGAUGGUCGAGGUCGUCACGGGAAAGGUGGGACUCGACGGGAGAGGAAGGUGUUGGGACUGGAGGGGAGAGGAGAUCCUGCCCUGA